CACCCUAACUCUUGAGUGUGUCACAUUUAUAGUGUUCCGGUGGUUUGUUGUUUUAGCUUGUUGACAGAGUGACUCUGUGACUGUUGUCUUCCUGGUCCGUUCAUUCAGCCGCACUCAUCGCUCCUGUUCUCGGUGUUAUCGCUCCCAGUUUCCUGGUCAGUCCAGACUCCGAAGCUACUUUCUAUGAAACCACAAGCAGCAGAUCUGUCACUUGGCUGAACGGAACACACAGGGUUGGAUGGCGUGACCCCAGGUGCUCUCUCCUGAGGCUGACAACCGUGCAGGAUGUCAGACAGUGGGAACCAGUCCUGUCUGAUGGGAGCAGAGGACACCGUCUCCUUCCUGGUGUGUGUGUUCCAUGUGUGGGAGGAAUGGGCUGGUCUUGGUCAGAUGGAGGACUACCUGAGCGUUUUGCAGUACCUGCUGUGGGUCUUCACCCCUCUGGCUAUCGUCUUCAUCGUGCCCUUCCUCAUCGUCAUUCUCCUCUACCUGUCUAUACUCUUCCUUCAUGUCUAUAAGAGGAAGAAUCAGCUGAGGGAAGCUUACUCCAACAACCUGUGGGAUGGAGCCAGGAAGACUCUGGCUACUCUGUGGGACGGACACGGAGCCAUAUGGCAUGGCUAUGAGAUCCAUGGGCUGGAGAAAAUUCCUGACAAAGGACCAGCACUGAUCGUGUACUAUCAUGGAGCGAUUCCUAUCGACUACUACUACUUCCUGGCCAAUGUUAUAAUCCAGAAAGGACGGACCUGUCACUCUGUAGCUGACCACUUCCUCUUCAAGAUUCCAGGUUUCAAAUUACUGUUGGAAGUGUUCAGUGUGAUCCAUGGCCCUCAGGAGGAGUGUGUGCGAGCUCUGAAGAAUGGUCACCUGUUGGGUAUUUCCCCAGGAGGAGUGCGGGAGGCUCUGCUCAGUGAUGAGACCUACCCUCUUCUCUGGGGCAAACGCAAAGGCUUUGCCCAAGUUGCCAUCGACUCUCAAGUGCCAGUAAUUCCAAUGUUUACUCAGAAUGUGCGAGAGGGCUUCAGGUCUUUGGGAACUCUCAGAUUUUUCCGCUGGGUGUAUGAGAGAUUCCGUCUACCUGCAGCACCUGUUUAUGGUGGAUUUCCUGUGAAAUUCCGAACCUUCCUUGGGGAUCCCAUCCAGUAUGACCCCAACAUAAAUGCUGCAGAACUGGCGGAGAAAGUGCAGCAGGCUGUCCAGUCUCUGAUAGACCAGCAUCAACAGAUCCCAGGGAACAUCCUGAGAGCCUUGUUAGAGAGAUUCCACACUAAAUACAAAGAUCAUUAACAUCAGCAGUACAACACAACACAAACUCAAGUCUCGUUGACUCAGAUUCCCUUUUGCAUCUGAUUAUUCCAAUAAUAAACGAGUCUAUGGUUUAGACUUCCAUAAGUUUUGAUAUUGGACAUGACAAUAACUGUAUUCUGUGUGACAUUGCAGAGUUAGUUGUGUCUCACCAGACAAAGCAAACAGUUGAACAUGCUGUCUUAGGUUGCCCCUAUUUAAAAUACUUUUUUGUUCUAUUUUUUGCCUUUUUACCUUCAUUCAGACAAUGUUAAGGAACCAUGGUAGGAGAGACAAACUUUCUCCUGCUUGAUGAUUCUUUGGACAUGUGUUAGCAUGUCUGUCUAACUUUGUUACGGUAUAGGAUUAUAGGAAUAAGUGUCAUUUAUUUUUGGGACUAUUUUCAGGAGCUUCUCCCAGUUCUAUUUCUAAUUGAGCAUAUCUUUAGUUCAGGCAAGUCAUGAAGUGAAGUUCAGCCACAAUCUAGUAUGUCAGCUGAAAGCAGUAGAUGUCUAUGCCAGCCCACAUCAGCUGAUGGCUCAGCUGAUCCCUUCCUAGGCAUUUAAUUGGUUGAGCUUAUAUUGCACACUCUAUUAAAGCUACUUUACUCUGCCUACUCUGACUGCUUACAAGCUACUUUACAACCCCAGCACCUCCUUUUCAUUCUGAAUCCUACCUAAUCAAAGUCAUGUGUUGUCAUUGAUGCCUGCUCUGUUCUGUGCUGGGAUCUUUCAGCUUCUGCUCUCCUUGUCUCACUUUCCAUGAAGACUCAUGUAAGGAGGUGUGCCCUCCUAAUGUAUGCUUUCCACACAUGCAUGUGGAAGGACAGAGAGGUCUCAAUGAAGAUUUUUCUGUAUUGUCCAGGUAAAGCUUAAAUCCAGUAGUAAAAUACCCUUGUCCUAUCAAGGGCCAUUUCAAUGUUUGUAACAGCCUUCAUGAUUAAACUGGCGAAGUGACUGAUGGUAUUGAUAUGAAGCUAAAACUGUCUGUUGUUUCAUCGCAGACUAGGGAGAAACAGAAUCAUUUAUCUGCACUGUUCUUUGAGAAAAACUGACCUGUUGGAAAAAAUGUACUUUGUCUAGUUAAAGCGGCUCUGCAGCAUUAACAAGGCUCCUUCAUACAUUCUUCCUCUGAAUGAGAUUUCAGCUUUUCAGUUGUCACUCGUUCACCACAUAUCACUUUUCUUGGCAAGAAGAUCGCACCACCCUAAAGGACACAUUUUAAGUUACUUUCUUUUAUUGCAGAAAAAGAUACUGGCUCUCCAGAGAUUUGUUUUCGUAUUUAUUGUUGCUUUCGUGUAUUUACAAAUGAUUUUGUGGGCUGUAUAGGAGGGCCUGGAGCAAUAAGGUUCUCCACCCCAAGUCUACAGUCUAUAAGGACACUGACUUCCUUUGUUGUCGGAAUUAGAAAAUCUCAUGAUGCUUAUUUCCAUUUAUAUUUGAUAAUUAAUAUUUAGAGUUUGUAUUUUCACUGUUGCUCUGAGACGAUUAGUACAUCACCACAAAUCAAAUGCAGUAACCAUGAGGCUAUGCUACCUCAUCAUAUUAAAAUUGUUCUGCAGAUGAAGUUGGUUCCAGUUAUUCAUGCCUCUUAAUGUAGGUUAUGAGCUGAAGGUCAAACCAAAAGUGUUGUGUGUGGGGAUGGGCUUGCGCGCGUGUGCGAUAACGCAAGAUAACCUCUCAUAAAACCAUAAGUGUCCCUUCACAAAAUGUAAGUAUGCUCUCUGUAAUAUUUAUCAUAUCAGUACAAAUAUGGAUCUGUGACUUAAUUUGCAAACUUUGCAUGUGUACAUUAAUAUUGAUGUAAUUUGAAGUUUAUGUUUCAUUCCCAGACCUUCAGAGCUUCAUAAGAAAUGCUGUAAACUAAACAUUUACAUGUGCAGUGUAAUAUUGUUGAAAUAUAUUUGCAUGUAUGAGCACAUAUUAUGUUUCAGAGAUUUUGCACAUAUUGUCUUCAAAGUGUUGCUGCCAACUGCCAUUUUUUAAAGGCGCCUUUGUGUCUGUUUAUGAGAGAUGAUUAACUGGUUGCUUUACUUCUGUCAACUUGCAUUUUUCCAUAUUUAUGUUGUUCGUUUUGAGAUGAUCUAAUUUGUGUUUUUAAAUAAUGUCAAUGUAAUAUUUAAAUGUCGCACUUUUGAAUAUUGCAAUUCAGA